GUCAACAAAAGUGCCUUCAUCAUUUUCUGCCUGGAAGACAGAUUCUGAGAGGGUGCUCAGAGCAACAGUUCAAGACAGGCAUUUCCUGUGGUCAAGUGGACAAGAGCAGCCCACAGCCAUGCAACAGGGCCUGCAGAUAAAGAGCUGCAACUUUCAGGAAGCAAAAAACAAUGCAGAGCACCACACCGAUGACAUCAGCACCCAGGACCUCAUCGUGAGGAGGGGGCAGCCCUUCACCAUCAGCCUGCACUUCCAGGCUCCGGUCCACACAUUUCUGUCCACCCUGAAGAAAGUCACCCUCGUUGCGCAAACUGGGGAGCAGCCUUCUGAGGCCAACAGGACCCAAACCACGUUCUCAAUUUCCAGUCUGGGCAACCAGAAGUGGUGGAGUGCGAAGGUGGAGGACAGAAACACCUGGUCCUGGAUCAUCUCUGUGACCACGCCCGCAGACGCUGUCAUUGGCCACUACUCACUCCUGCUGCAGGUUUCGGGCAGGAGGCAACACCUGGGCCAGUUCACGCUGCUCUUUAACCCCUGGGGUCGAGACGAUGCUGUGUUCAUAGAGAAUGAGACUCAACGCAGGGAGUACGUGCUGAACCAGAAUGGCCUCAUCUACCUGGGCACGGCUGACUGCAUCCAGGCUGAAUCCUGGGACUUCGGUCAGUUUGAAAAGGAUGUCCUUGACCUCAGCCUGGACUUACUGUGCAGGGACAAGCAGGUGGAGAAGUGGGGCGACCCUGUGCAUGUGGCCUGCGUCUUGGGCGCCUUGCUCCACGCUCUCAAGGAGAAGCAUGUCCUGCCCACGCCACAGAUCCAGGACGCCCAGGAAAGGGCCUUGCUGAACAAGCGCCGGGGCAGCGCCCCGAUCCUGCGCCAGUGGCUCAGAGGCGUGGGGAGGCCCGUGUAUGAUGGUCAGGCCUGGGUGUUGGCCACUGUUGCUUGCACAGUGCUGCGAGGCCUGGGAAUCCCUGCCCGCGUCGUUACCACAUUCACCUCAGCCCAGGGAACUGGCGGGAGCCUGCUGGUAGAUGAGUACUACAACGAGGAAGGGCUGCAGGUUGAUGAAGGCGAGAGAGGCAGAAUCUGGGUCUUCCAGACUUCCACGGAGUGCUGGAUGGCCCGGCCUGCUUUGCCCCAGGGUUAUGACGGAUGGCAGAUUCUGUACCCAAGUGCUCCUCAGGGAGAUAGAGCCUUAGGGGCCUGUGAUCUGGUCCCGGUCAGAGCGGUCAAGGAGGGCACACUGGGGCUGACCCCAGCGGUAUCAGACCUUUUUGCCUCAAUAAACGCCUCGUGUGUGGUCUGGAAGCGCCAUGAGGAUGGGACACGGCAGCUGACCAACUCCAAUACUAAGUAUCUUGGCAACAACAUCAGCACCAAGGGUGUGUACACUGACCGCUGUGAGGACAUCACUCAGAAAUACAAGUAUCCUGAAGGAUCUCCUCAAGAAAAAGAGGUGCUGAAGAGAGUCCAGGAGAGACUGAAGGAUAGGAAAGACAGUGGCGUCCAGCCUCCCAGUCUCGAGACUGACGAUCCGCUAUACCUCUUCUUGGAAGUGCCCAGCUCCCUACCCCUGGGAGGGGAUGUCAAGCUGUCCGUGAAAUUGUUCAACCCCACUGACCACGAGAAGGAAGUGCAGCUGGCCAUUGCGCUGCAGGCGGUGUACUACAACGGCAUCCUUGCUGCCAAGUUCUGGAGGGAGAAGCUUCUCCUCACACUCAGGGCCAACUCGGUUGAGACGAUCUCCACCACCCUGUCCUCCAAUUUGGAACAAACCCUGCCAGAGAACAUUUUCCUGAGACUCACCGCCAUGGCAACGCAUUCCGAGUCCGGGCUUACCUGCUUUGCUCAGGAAGAUAUCGCCCUUUGCAGACCAUACCUUGUCAUCGAGAUGCCAGAGACAGCAGAGCAACAUCAACCUCUUACGGUCUUGGUCAGCAUCCAUAACUCUCUAAAAGCUCCCAUGAAGGACUGUGUGAUCUCCAUCCGUGGAAGGGGGCUCAUUUACAGAGAGAAGAACUACAGAUUAAGUUCGGUGCAGCCCGGAGAUACCUUGCACACCCAAUUUGAGUUCACACCAAUGCAUGUUGGACUCCAGAGGCUCACUGUGGAAAUGGACUGCAACUUGUUCCAGAACCUAACCAACUUCAGAAGGGUCACCGUGGUACCCUCUGAACCUCCAGCUUAAACUGCCAACUCCAGCAUCACUCUCCCCAACCAACCCUUUGAAUCUACAACCUAAAACCAAACAUGUUGGGAAGAGAAACGGCUUUUAUCAGACAAAUGAAUCUCUGUUCAAGUUGAGCAGAAGAGUGACCAAGGACAAAACUAGUUUCCCAGAAAUUAAUAGAAAAGACAUUCACUUCUGUCACAAGGCACCCAUGAAAACUAGCUGCAUUUAGUUUUCCAGAAUAGAAAUUACUGGGCUUGAGAAACAACAAGAAGCCUUUGUAAAGAUAAUCAGAUAAGUAAAUUCAGAUUUUUCGAGUUCAGGGUGUUUCAUAACCAUUUCAUGGCUCAUUAACAUAUUCAUUAGUUUAUAGGUAAGGAAAAGAACCUAACAUUUAAGUCAUUCUUCUAUUUCUGAUGAAAUGGGACAAUAUUAGCUAAAAAUGGGAUUUUUAGGUAAUCCUAAAAUUACACUGAUUGGUGCCAUCCCUGACCAUUAUCCUUAAAGAUCCAAGGAUUGCUGAACAAGGUUAUAAAAUACACAACAUAAAACCUGAGCACAGAAUGAUCUAGAUUCAGCUACAGAUAAGUCCUUAUUAGAGUUAAGUAUCAUUAAAUAUUAAAUAUCCUACAAUUAAGUCUGAUGUUAAUAACAUAAACUUGGUCCAGUUGAGAAAUACACAAUUAUUAAGUAUAUAGAAAAGAGGCCCUAUAAAAAAAAGAGAAAAGAACUGGACUCCUUUUGCACCAAGUUACAAAUUUUUUUGUUUACAUUUUGUUGUUUUGGUACUCUUGGUUUGAUUUUUGUUCCUUUUCUUUAGAAUACUUGUUAAAAAUACAGAAUGGCACUUUAUAAAAGUAAAUUAAAACUCCUGACCUAAGGAAUUUC